GUCUGAGGGGAUUAAAUCGUGCUCGUCCGUCUUUGCCUGUUGAUUUAUUAUGCCGUCUACAGAGAUGCUGAGCACAGCGGUACAUCGAUUCAUCAAAUACACUUCAUAAAAGUAGACCAGCUUACACCAAAAUGGCUUCAAUUGGACAAAUAAUCUUUGGAAGUAUGAUUUGUCUCAUAGUAGUCAUGUCUGGAAUCAUCGUUUUCAUUUUGGCUAUUGCAUUUUCAGUGUCCCAAGGCACCGUUGAGAGCAUUAGUCCAACUACUGUGGGAAAUCUUGAUGAUGAUGUGAUGCUGGGUUGCAGGUUUCUUAGUAACACAGGCAAUGGACAGUUUAGUGAUGUGUCAAUUACUUGGCUGAAAGAUUCCGUCAGUGGUGUGGUUUAUGAAUACAAGAACAAAGCAGCCCAGCUUCAGACACAGAACGCACAGUUCAGCAACAGGGCUCAACUGUUCCCAGACUCAAUUUCAACAGGGAACGCUUCCCUGCUGCUGAGAAACAUAAAGCUGGAGGAUGACGGCGUGUAUCGCUGCACUGUCAAUGCAGCAAAAGUCUCCGGAACUGCCAUUGUUACACUCAGAGUAGCUGCUUUUUCAGCUCCCACAUUUACUGAACUGACCAAUGGAUCUCUGUCUGCCGUGGCAACUAAAUGGUUUCCUCAGCCAGAGGUGAACUGGUACAAUCAAAGUGGGCAGAUUUUAAACAGCAGCACUAGUUUUUUCAACAUUGCAGGAAUCAUACAUGUUUCUAGUCUGCUUCAAGACCCAGUAAAGGAGAAUGAAACUUACCGAUGUCUCAUCCAGAACUCUCUUGUGGUCGCUGUCUCAGAAGCAACUGUCACAGCACACAAAGUGGCGCAGAGCACAUACUUCAUUUUCAAUGCUGCAUCUACAAAAAAGUCAUGUUUACAUCUACUGGUCACAGUCCUCAUUCUUCUAUAUGGAGUCCGGUAGACAAGUCUCUCCAGCAAUGGUCAAGCUGAUCAAUUAUAAAGGACUGUAUUUAUCAGCUGCUACAGACUGGAAUAUGUUGUACUGAAUACUCACACAUUUUAAAUGGUGACUUUUCCAACUGGAAGAAGAUCUAGAAACCUGUCAAAUACCCACAACAACAAAAAUAUUUGAUAAAUCCAACGCUAUAUACAAUUUGCAUAUUCAUCAAUGACUGUCAGGUUUAGGGGUGGGUUUGGGUGCUACGCCUCCUUUUUUAAGUCAUACAUUUUUUUUACGAUUGAACUCGAACGAUAUAAAAUAACAUAAAAUAGUUAUUUUUCCUCUUGAGAUAAAUUCUUUUUAUUUCAUGAACACACAUUUUACACAUGGUAAAAUUAUUUAUCAUGGACUAUUUUACAUACAGCUAAACUGUUCUUGGAAAUAAGUUGAAUUACCAUUUGCACCACUUUGUACUUUUUAAAAUUUUAUAAUUAUUAUAAUUUAGAUUUAUAAUUUCAUCUAUAAGGGGAUAAUAAAUAUGUUUAGAAAUUAAUUAAGGAUAAGAAAGUAAGACUUAAUGACAAAGCCCGGUAGUUAAUAACAUUAGUAUAUGUCUAAUGCGUUCAAUAAUCUUGGUUCAUGUUCAUUUUAGCAUAACUGCUGUAGCAUCAAAAGGUGUGUCUGUUAUUACUGUGCAAUAAACCUGUGAGAGACUAACAUUAAACAUUUGUCUAUUUAUAAUGUAAUAAAACAUUAAAAACAC